AUGUCCCAGCCAGGGGAGACACGACGGCAUCAUUGGGACGCAGGGCGGCAGCAAAGGAGAGAAGUCGCAGAGGAAACCGUAAAAUUGCUCCCCAGCAUACUAAAAGACCUUCCAACUAAGCCCGAUGGGUAUAAAUGGACACCAUCUGAAACACGACGUCUGGAUCCCAUGUACUGUCCAGACCUAAAUGGCCAGGUCCGAGUCGUGAACGGUGACACAUUCGAUACUGCAAUUCGCUUUGAUGAACUGUUCCCUCGCAACAAUCCAAUCAAUACCAAACCUGUCUGUGCCCUUAAUAUGGCUAACGCGAUAUGGGCAGGAGGAGGCUUCCGCAAUGGAUCGUUGGCGCAGGAAGAAGAGCUAUGUUAUCGAAGUAGCCUUAUUUUCACUUUGAAGCUACGGUUCUAUCCUAUGAAGGAACGCGAGGCCAUCUAUUCACCUACCGCUGUGAUAAUCCGGAAUGGUAUGAAAAAGGACUAUAAUCUUCUGGAUUUGAAGAAGCCGAAAUCGCUCCCUGUUGUCAGCGUUGUCAGUAUGGCUGCAUUGUAUAAUCCAAGGUUGUCUUGGCCCUCAAGUGGCCCUCCUACAUACAAGGACCCUGCAGACCGAGAGUUAACGAAGGGAAAGAUGCGUGUAAUUCUUCGCGUGGCCGCACACAAUAAGCAUCGCAGGCUGGUUCUGGGUGCCUUGGGUUGCGGUGCCUUCAACAAUCCCAGAGAAGAAGUUGCAAAUUGCUGGGCGGAAGUAUUGAGGGAACAGGAAUUCCAAGGAUGGUGGGAAACCAUUGCAUUUGCGAUUGUGCCACCUCCCCCAAGUUUGAGGGAGAGGUCUAAUCUAGAGAUAUUCGAGGAGGUGCUUGAUGGACUUUCAAUUUAA